AUGGAUCUACCAGAAAGCGUUCCCCCAGGCAUGUUACUCAGAGAAGUCGCAGACAAGCUGGACAAAGACUACAACCACCUUCGCAUUCGCCUUUCCGGUAACGGCGCUUCACUUGAAGAAGUACUAACAGCGACUCUCGACUGUGUGCAUACCGUUCCAGAACACAUCUCGCUGCCGACUACCAAACCAACCUUUGGAGCGAAACUCUGUGCCUCACUCGACGCAAUAAUAUCUCUGCUUGAGGCCAUUCAUAGCACUUUGUGUGCAGUUCUUUUACUCGGGAACUUGAUAAAAUCAGUCACCAAUCCUUCUUACGAGCCCACGUCCUCCGAGCUUCGACACCUACUGGAAGAGAUACAUUCUGAGGAUUCGAAGGAAAUUAUCAUAUUCGAAGAUGCCAUUGGACGGAAGCAUAGUUUGCAGUUCAACUGUUGUCGUACUUGGAUUGGCAUGGAAAAGUUUAUCCGACAAGCUUUUCUCCAGUCCGACGUAAUCGAGACUCAUGUCGCCAAGGGAUAUUAUGACUUGAUGGGUUCCAAUGGAGACAUUAUCCUUCCUCAGGAUUGGGAGAGUGUUGUUGAGCCCGGUUGGGUUAUCACCAUGUACUUGCGGCCUAUUUCAGAAGUGUCAGAGCUUUCUGAAGCUGUACCUUCGAAGCAGUCUCCCAAGGUGAAGCCUCUGACACUGGAAAGCUCGCCGAGUGAAUGA